ACAUCCGCCCUUUUAUGUAUCAACAGUCUGACGUGUUGAACAGCCACAGGCCGCUUAUAUCAACAAACAGCUGUUUAGCUUCUGGAGGAGAAAUUCGGUCCUGCGACGAAGAUUCUGAGUGGAGAUGGACACUUUUAUGGGAUUUUCUGUCCACAUGGACUUUGAAGGCCAGAGAUUAGCAGAGAGAUUAUUCCAAAUAAUUGUUGUCACAUUUGGUGCUGUUGGGUGGCUGUAUGGUUACUAUGUACAGGAUUUCUUUAUGACUGUUGCUACUCUUGGAGCAGGAUUUGUUUUAGCUUGUUUGGUUACGCUUCCCCCAUGGCCAAUCUACCGACGAUAUCCUUUAAAAUGGGCACCUGCUCAAGAUAGCACAACUUCCAUCUCUGGAGGUGAAAGUUCUUCAGCCAAGAAGAAGAAAAAGUAGAUAAGAUGAAUUGAAGUACUGUAGGUUAUGGCUGGUUUUCUUCAGGUACCAUUUACAAAAAUGAGGUUCCAUUAUUUUUUGUAGUUGUAUCAUACUUGGAGAGAUUUUUUCAUUUGUAAAUUAAUGAAAUUCCAUGUUUCUUUCAUUGUCCAUUACAGGGAUAGGAGUUUUUUUUGGUUGUAAAAGCUAAUUUUUAUAUUCAACAUUAAGUUUCAAUAAAGUCAUCUUUACAGUAUGUUUAUUCUAUGUGUAUUUUCUAUUAAAUGUUAUAAUGAA